AUGCGGUCGCAAGCUGCUCUACUAAUCGGCGAAAUCACCCAUGCACGACCGGAAUGGGAGCAACUUUCUUCUAGAUUGACACUCAAGGAAUUCCCCUUCGGAACACGAGAAGAGUUCCUACGAAACUGCAAAAACGGAGAUUACGACGAUGUUGUGGUAAUAUAUCGCAGUAAUACCUCUACCAAAUACACUGGCCGAUUCGAUAAAGAAUUAGUCUCUGCUCUACCCAAGUCGGUGAAAUAUAUUGUUCAUAAUGGAGCCGGAUAUGAUAAUAUCGAUGUUGCUGUUGUGACGGAAGCUGGUAUCGCCGUCUCGAGCACGCCCGUCGCCGUGAACAAUGCCACUGCAGACGUUGGCAUUUUCCUCAUGAUUGGAGCUUUGCGCCAAGCUCAUGUACCUAUAACUUCCAUUCGGGCCGGUCAAUGGGCUGGGAAAUCCAAGUUGGGCCAUGAUCCCAAGGGUAAAGUACUAGGUAUUCUAGGAAUGGGCGGUAUUGGACGUGAAAUGGCACACCGCGCAAAAGGCUUCGGAAUGACAAUCCAAUACCACAACCGCAGCAGAUUAUCCCCCGAACUCGAAGAAGGCGCCAAAUACGUCUCGUUUGAGGAAUUGCUAGCGAGUUCUGAUGUGUUCAGUUUGAACCUGGCUUUGAACCCUUCGACGCGGCAUAUUAUCGGUGCUAAAGAACUGGCCAAAAUGAAGGAUGGUGUAGUAAUCGUAAACACGGCGCGUGGAGCGUUGAUCGAUGAGAAAGCGCUCGUCGCCGCAAUUGAGUCUGGAAAGGUUGGAUCCGCCGGAUUGGAUGUCUAUGAAAAUGAGCCUCAAGUCGAAGAGGGAUUGUUGAAGAGUGACAAGGUAUUUUUGCUGCCGCAUAUCGGUACGAUGACCUUCGAAACGCAAAAGGAGAUGGAGUUGCUGGUGUUGGAGAAUUUGAGAUCGGCGGUGGAGAAAGGUGAAUUGGUGACUCAGAUACCGGAACAGAAGAAAUAG